AUGCAACUGUACUGUGGUACAUGCUCACUGGCAAAUCAUGCCCGGUCUCCCACCCAUCGCAUACAGCAAUGGAAUGGUGUAUUCUUCGAGAGCUCUUCCUUGAAGAUGCUAGGCCUUCGAGUACAACUCGGGCAUCCCAUCGGUCAUCCAUGCAUCCUCCCGCAGCCGGCAUUUAACAACGACUUUGUGCUUAUCGACACGAACGGAAUACACGAACUAGGACUGGACUUCUGUGGUUGUGAGACAUCCGAGACACAUGUUAAACAACUCCUUCGUCACGGAUGGUUCCCUUCCACGCCAACUAACCCUAGGACAGCGGCAACAUUUCGACUUCUGCAUUACUACCAAAUCUUAUCCUUCGAGUCGAAGGCAUCAGCCUAUGAAUUCUACCAUUCUCUUGUUCGACUCACGGAUAAUACAGGGAUGAUGAAAUGCAUGCCGGAUCGCUAUGAUGGAUUCAUGCGGAUGGUGCGUAAGUGGCGGCAUCUCACAAUGCUGAAACGUUUUGGACGUGGCCACGAUCCCAGUGGCGUAGAUGGUACAUCGCAGGGCGAAUGCGUGGUGCUAUGUCCAGCAUGUCCGCAGCCAGGGAAGAAUUUACCUGAGGGUUGGCAAACUGCUUCGAAAGCAAAACGGUGGUUGUAUGCAGUAUUUCUAGCGAUCGACGCGAAUUUUCGAUUGAAAAGACGGAACGUAUCGAGCGAUCACGCAGACCCAAGUCUUUCGAGUGGCUGGUCUUACUUUGUCGAGGAGAAAGAGUACAAGGCCUUCCUGGCCGAACAUCUCACUGAGGCGCAGGAGAAAAGUACAUGUUCGAGCCACAGCGCUGUCAACAUGGCAGAUACAAAGCAGGCGCAAGGGCUUGCUGCUACUGGCGUCGGUACAGUAGACUUCGGCGAUCUGCAAAAGGGCGAGAAGUACAUCAAUAUGGAUUAUCUCUUUUUCUUGACUUUGCGUGGUAUGCAGCUCGAAAUGCUCAACGUGUCCUACGAUAUUGCGUGCCAAUGGCACAAAAACCUCUGGGCCCGCAUGAAGUCCUUUCCUCGAUCCCAUGGCUUGGAUUAUCUCACCAAGUAUAUACGCUUCUUCGUGCCAAAGUUCCACCUCCCCACACAUGUUGCAAAAUGUCAGACCAUCUUCUCGUUUAAUUUCACGCGUUAUGUCGGCCGGACGGAUGGUGAAGCCCCAGAGAGGGGCUGUCGUGACACGCUGGACGACCAUUUUGGUGAUUGGAAUUGGAAAAAGACCGUCGGGUUGGGCGCGUCUCUCCUGUACAAGAUGAAGGAUGCUCUAGCUGAGAAGGCUCAUCGCUCUGCGUGGUUAGAAGAAAUGCAAGCUUGGGAAGAUAAUCCGAACGACACAUCGAUCUCUAAUCCGCUUGAGGCCAAAGCCAUGGCUAUAACGCAAGCAGGAGUAAGGCUAAAGCUCGCGGAGCUGGAGGCCGAGGAGCUUCAGCGAGGUAUAGACUCCUCUUUGCACCCACAAAUCUCGCCUAGUGUGCUUAUUGCUUCAGGCAUAGACCUGGAAGAGGAACAUCUCACACAGAUGCGGAACUCGCUUCGUCGUAGGAUCGAUAUGUGGCGACGUACACAAGUCCUUUACCUCCCGGCCGUUCAAGGCCUUAUUGAUCAGGCAGCCGCACGUGAAGGCCACGAGAACGCCGAAUGUAUACACCUCUGGUUACCUUCAGAACUGAAAACCAAGCCGACGAAUGGGAAUUGCGCUACUGCACAGGCUCAUGAUGCACUAGAAGAACUGCGGCAGGAAUGGGUGCGUGGUCAAGGUGCAAAUACUCGUGCUCAGAAUGCCCUUGCCCGCAUCCACCGAAGGCGUACGGCCUGCGUGAAGUGUUAUCGGUCAGCAUGGAUGGCGCUCAAGAGCCUAGCUACAAUCAUGAAGAAGACCGGUUGGCAGGGCAGGUUGCAGGAAUUGGCCGACACUCACAUUAAGCCCCUCGUGGACCCAUAUGCUACUGGCGAAGGGAGACAUCAUGUAUCGUGGAUCUGGAUGAUGGAUGGUGUUGAUCAUGGCAAUGAAGGUGUACGAAUCGAGUGGUGCAAAACCCAGGUCGAAUUACUCACGGAAGAGAUGCGCAGGGUGCUGGAAUUUUUUACCUGGCAGCAAGCACGGUGGGAAGAACAGGGAAAGGCAUGCGUUGGGGAGUGUGCCGCUGACAUUGAAGGGUUGCGAGCUUAUGCUGCCCGACAGGCUAACAUCCGUCGCGGGCUUGCAGACCAUUUUCGGUUGGCCGAACAUUCAUUACCAGACCUCAUGAUUCCCGACAUUCUCUAA